AUGGAACUCGACCAGUGUGCCUGGCUUCAUCCUCAUGGGGCUGAUGGACUCUGCAGAGACAGAGCUGGUUCUCUCUGUGCUCUUUCUCUUGAUUUACCUGAUCACAGUGCUGGGAUGAUACUGAUCGUUUGCCUGGAUCCCCAGCUUCACACCCCCAUGUACUUUUUUCUCACUCACUUGUCAUUUCUCAAAUUCAUCUGCUCAAAUCUCUUCACCCCUAAAACCUUACAUAACUUAAUGAGUUCCACCAAGAGCAUCUCCAUCCUAGGCUGCUUCACCCAGAUGUACUUUUUUAUAGUCUUUGGUGCUGUUGAAUGUUUGUUGCUCUGCUUGAUGGCCUAUGAUCACUAUGUAGCCAACUGCAGCCCCAUGCACUAUCCAGUCAUUAUGUCCACAGGACCGGGCCAUGCCCUGCUUACUGGUUCCUAUGUUACUGGCUUUGUGGAUUCCAUUGUGGUUGUAGUUUCCAUGAGCAGACUGCACUUCUGCAACUCCAAAGUCAUCCAGCUCUUUUUCUGUGACAUUCCCAAUUUAGUCCUGUCCUGCAGUGACACUUCUGAGGUUGAAAUCAUUAUAUUCAUUUGCACUGGAUCCAAUUUAGUGCUGUCCCUCAUCACCAUAUCUGGAUACUAUGUGUCCAUUCUCUCCACUAUCCUGAAAAUUAAUUUGAAUGCUGGAAAGACAAAAGCCUUCUCCACCUGUGGCUCCAUCUCCUGGGCAUCACCAUCUUCUACAGCACUAUGA